UGGCGUGUGACGUGUAUGAGGGCAGUAAGCUGAACUCCCAGCUCUCAGUCAUUCACUCAGACUCGCACACCGAGAGGGAAAAGAGACAAGAGCAGGAGAUCUGAAGGUACAAAAAAGGAGAGGAAAGAGUGUGUGAGAAAGUGCACCAGAGGCCAAAAGAAGUGACAGAAACUCUAAGAAGUUAGAGAGCGAAGAAACUGCAAGAGAAAAUGACCAUUGGCAGGAACUCCAGGAUGAGCUCUGUCCGAAGCUCCAUCCGGGCCCCAAAGUUUCUGGACAAAGCAAGCGGCUUCUACGGUCGCCUCGACGAGCCUGAGACCGCCACAGAAGUGGAGGAGGUUGGCAUAAAUGAUUGCAACAGAGAAGGGGGAAUCACAAGUAGCCCGUCCAUCACUGUGGUGCACGGUUCUGAUGAGAAGGAAGAAGCCGAAGUGUCUGACUUCACUGAAGGCUUGAUGGAAGAUGAUGACGAGAGUCUUCUGCGCAGGAAACCCAGCCACCGCAGUAGCAGGUGGCGGAGAAGCUCCAGGAAGAAGCAGAAAGAAGGGAGAGCAGAGGAGGAUGUAGCUGGAGAGGAGAGGCCCAGCCUGGGCACGGAGGGUCCGACUGAUGUCCCCGAGGACACUGGGGUGAAGAUCCAAAUAGAAAUGGAGAAACUGAAAAGGAUGGAGGAAGAAAACGAGAAGGCGGGCAGAGAGAAGGAGCCCGUGCUUGUUCACUUCCCAGCUCGGGAGGAUAGAGAUGAUCAAGUCCUGAUCAGAGACAAGAAGAGAGGAAGAGAAGAUGAAGAGGAGGAGAGGAGGAUGACAAGGGAGCAAGAGGAUGGGAUGAAGAUGGUAAAGAGGAAAAAUUACCGCAAGGCUUUGGACCGAGCGCUGCGUCGCGGCUGGGAUGCCUUCAUCGCCAACCUCUACAGCGUCACACUUGCGCCGGUGAACUCCUCGCCAUCGUCGUCUUCACCUUUGUCGAAGAAGAAGCACCAGCAUAAUUCAGUGUUAGCCGAGUUUCAGUAGAACCGGAGACAGACAUGGACAGUAAAGCCAAAUGCUUCUUAACAUUUCAUGAAAUCAGGGUUAUGCAGUUUUUUUUUUUUUACUGCAACUGCUGAAAAAAGUAUUCAACAAUUCACACUAUGUGUUUGAGGCAUACCUCAGAAAUAUUAAAUCAUUUCAAAGAGUCCUAAUUACUCAGCUGAACCUUUACUGCCUCGCAUCACGGUGCACAUUAACUGAAGGGAUUCACUUUAGCUUGAUGAGCUGCUGGUUUUACAGUGAAGUCUACGAGACUGGCCUGAAUGGAAACAUCCGGUCUUUAUGCGACUGAGUUCAGCAGCUGCUUGUCCCCUUCUAAUCUCAAAUUUUACUCUACGGGUGUAAGAGCAUUUUAGCUCCCAACAUCCAAUCCACUACUAAGAGCUUGCAUUGCAAACUGAUCUUUGCCUCCUUUGGUUUCGCACUAUGAAACUCCUCAAGCGUUGAUGUGUAACCAAAGGGGAUGAAAAGUUUUGAAGGUAGCAGCUGACUGAUGGACUUUAGUUAUGGAGUAAUGCCUGUUUCUGUAGGAUUAUCCGUCGCCUAAUCAGAUGAACUAUUUAUGACUGUGGGACACAUGCAAUCCUAUGCAGUAAUUCAGUAAUUAAACUUUAUUAGUGAUCCACAUUAUUAUGGGCACUAUUUUUUUAUGGUGAUAUUGCAGUUUCUACUACUUUAAUACAAGUGACAAAGACGGGGAGGUUUCCCACCCGUGUGCACAGAAGUACGUAAGAGUUGUCACCUAUUACAGAUUGUUAGUUUCUUCCUCAUGAGAUCCCUAGUUUAGAUUCUAGUGAAGGUUAUUAAACCUGAAGGGAGAAGGCAGGGAGGUGCAUGCCUAGGUGUGUAUUUGAGAUAGAGAAACAAUCUGUCCAUAAAUAGAUGACGCUUAUUUUUUGUUAGUAUUAAAUAUUAUUAAAUGUGCCAUGUUUUCACAGUUUGAAUGCAGCCUCGUGUUUUGUUUUAAUGUGUGUUCUGAUUUUAAAGACUACCAACUGUAUUUAAGAAGGAUUAAUUAUUGACCUUUGGAGACGUGACAAUAAAAAUGCAAUAAAU